GACAGGCGCCUCCGGCUCUCACCGGCCCGCCUGCUGCUUUCGGCCCGGGCGGCGGCGGCGGCGGGCGGCGUGCGCGUGUGAGAUGCGGCCGCGGGCAGCCCGGACGCGAGCAGCGGCCGCCGCGGUAGCGGAGAAGGCGGGCGCGGCCUCCUCAGCGCCCGGCGCGCAGUGCAUGAGGGCGAGCACGCGGGCUCUGGGCAGCCGCCGGCCACGCCGCCUUCAUAAACAUUUGUUUAGGACUCGUUCGCCCCGCUGAGGCCGCGGCGCCCCCGCCAUGGAGGCCCCGUCCGACCCCGGGCCCCAGGCCUCGGCCUCGGCCUCAGCCUCAGCCUCAGUCUCAGCCUCGGCCGCGGCGCCGCUGCGUGCCCCGGAGGUGGCGCGGCUCCGCGAGGAGCAGGAAAAGGUGGUCACUAACUGCCAAGAGAAAAUCCAGCAUUGGAAGAAGGUAGAUAAUGACUAUAAUGCCCUGCAAGAAGGACUCAGUACCUUGCCUGAUAAAUUGUCAUAUAAUAUCAUGGUACCAUUUGGCCCCUUUGCCUUCAUGCCAGGAAAGCUUGUCCAUACUAAUGAAGUUACUGUUUUACUUGGGGACAAUUGGUUUGCAAAGUGCUCAGCAAAGCAGGCUGUGGGCUUAGUCGAGCAUCGGAAAGAACAUGUAAGAAAAACAAUAGAUGAUUUAAAAAAAGUGAUGAAAAAUUUUGAAACCAGAGUUGAAUUCACAGAAGAUUUGCAAAAAAUGAGUGAUGCUGCAGGUGAUAUUGUUGAUAUAAGAGAAGAAAUUAAAAGUGACUUUGAAUUUAAAGCAAAACACCGAAUUGCUCAUAAACCUCACUCCAAACCAAAAACUUCAGAGAUUUUUGAAGCAGAUUUUGCAAAUGAUGUAAAAUCCAAGAAUUUGCUUGCUGAUAAGGAACUGUGGGCUCGACUUGAAGAACUAGAGAGACAAGAAGAAUUGCUGGGUGAACUUGAUAGUAAGCCUGGUACUACGAUUGCAAAUGGAGAGGAUACGACAUCUUCUGAAGAAGAAAAGGAAGAUCAGAAUAUAAAUGCGCAUGUGAUGCAUCAAGUAACAGACUCUGUUACUUCGAGCAGCUGUUAUAAGGAUGUUACACAUUCAGAACUGUUCAGUGGUCAAAUGAAUGGCAUUCAUACAGUGAACGGUUCAAAUUCUUACCACAGUAAUGAAGAUGAUGAUGAUGGUGGUGGUGGCGAUAAUGAAAAUGACCAGGAUGCUUUAGGGGUUGGAGAUCAUUCUAUACCAACAAUAUAUUUUUCUCAUACGGUCGAACCUAAGAGGGUCCGAAUAAAUACUGGAAAAAAUACCACUUUAAAAUUCAGUGAAAAGAAAGAAGAAGCCAAACGUAAACGAAAGAACAGCUCUGGCAGUGGUCAUUCUGCCCAAGAGCUGCCUACUAUCAGGACUCCUGCUGAUAUUUAUAGGGUCUUCGUUGAUGUUGUGAACGGGGAAUAUGUCCCUCGUAAGUCCAUCCUGAAGUCUCGCAGCAGAGAAAACAGUGUUUGCAGUGAUACCAGUGAAAGCAGUGCCGCUGACUUUGAUGACAGACGGGGAGUUCUGAGGAGUAUUAGCUGUGAAGAGGCCACUUGUAGUGACACUAGUGAGAGUAUUUUGGAAGAGGAACAAGAAGAAAACCAUCAUAAGAAACUUUUGCCCUUAUCAGGAACACCUGAGGCUUUUUCUGGAACUGUAAUAGAAAAAGAAUUUCUGUCGCCCUCCUUAACACCACACCCAACCAUGGUUCAUCCUGUGCUACCCACCAUUCCAGAACGAAAAGAAGUUCUGUCAGAAGUAUCAGAAGAAACUACAAAGAGGGUUUCAAAGUUCAAAGCUGCCAGAUUGCAGCAGAAAAACUAGGGCCUGCCUAGGCAAUGGUAGUUUACAUCCUGGAACCUAGUUUUGCAUUUCUUUAGAAUCUGUAUCACAAAAUACGUUACAUGUAGUUUGAAAUAAGGCGUCCAGAAUUCAUUUGGCAGCAAGAUCUCAUACUGUUAUCAGUGGUAUUAAAAAUCAAAGUAAAUGUUUGAAUACUUUAAUAUUCAGCUUGUUUUGUUAAUUCUCUGAAUACUGUCAAUACUGUUGUCUUAAGUUUUCUUAUGAUGCACUGGCAGUAUUUAGAAUUAUCUUUCAAAGAAUACUGUUCAUAUGCAUUGUUUUUGUGUUUUGAACUAAAUAUAGGCAGUUUUGUACCAGCUGUGAAGUUGUGCGUACCAUAUGGACCAUUUUAAGGAAACUUCUAAAAUUUCAGAUAGAUUCAACAAUUAUAUUACUUGCUUUAGCAUUUUAAAAGCACUUUAAAAAAAAUCUACUUCUGUAGGUUUUGCAGCUAGGUGGCUAUUUAAAAAAAUUCUCCCCUUUGUUGGUCAUUCUAUCAUCUCUGAGGCAGAAAGCUACAUGUACCCUAUGGGAAAGUUUCUUUGAUUGGAAGAAUGGUAUUUUGUAAAACAUUUUUUUUUCUAGUAAAAAUUUUAUGAAACUUGGUC